AUGGCGGAUCCCCAGCAUGUCUCAGUCUCCAGCGGCUGGGCCACCUGCACCAACUUCUCAUGUACCCAAAAGGGAAUUCUUCUAUUUGCUAUUAUAUUCUGCCUGGUGAUUCUGAUCUGCUUCAAUGCCUCAGCACUAGGAUACUCCUCUCUGCUGGGGGUUGAGAUGAAUCUUGCUUUUUUCUUCUUUGUCAUGUACUCGAGUGGCCUGCACACCAAGAUACCAUUCAUCAGCUGGCCCUGGAGUGAUUUCUUCCAAACCUUCACAGCAGCAAUUAUCUACCUGAUCACCUCCUUUUCUGUCCUUGUUGAGAAAGAAAACCACUCCAAAAUCACUGAAGGGGUAUUGGGCCUAAUUGCUACAUGCCUCUUUCGCUAUGAUGUCUAUGUCACCUUCCCCUUGAGACAGUAA